AUGCUGUGCUGUAUGAGAAGAACAAAACAGGUGGAAAAGAAUGAGGAUGCUGAGCAAAAAAUCGAUAAUGAUGGUAACAAACCAGAGGACAAAGCUCACAAGGCAGCUACCAAAAUCCAGGCCAGCUUCCGUGGACAUAUAAUCAGGAAAAAAAUGAAGGGAGACAAGAAAGACGACAGUAGCGAAGAGGCAGUAGAAAACCACAAAGGAGAUGCAAAGGAUGAGGCAGCUAAAACAGAGAACGAAACCCCCAAAACAGAGGAGCCCACUGCUGAUGGUCCUUUAGAAGACAAGAAGGAGGCAAUCAGCUCCCCGGCAGAAGACAAAAAAACAUCUUCAGAGAAGUCCCAGAACACCCCCUCAGAAGAGAAGCAAGCUGCAGCAGAGUCAGAGAGUACCACUAAAGGGAGCACUGAAAACUCACCUGGUGUGGAUGCUACCCCACUAAAGGAAGAGUCCAAAAAAGCCGACGUGCCUGAAGCUACUCAAGAUGCUGCACCCGAAAAAGAACAGGAGAAAGCAGAGAGCAGUCAAGAGGAUGUUAAGAAAGAUGAAGCAGAAGAAACCAAACCUAGUGAAAGUGCCCAACAAGAAGAGGCUGUCAGUGAAGAAGCCAAGCCGGACCAAGAAAAUGCCUGA